UCAUCGUGAUGGGAGGUUCCUGCGGCAGCUCCUCCUCCGUUCCCAGCAGCGCGUGCACGACUUGUUUACGUGUUCUCGCACUUUCCUCUUAACCUCUGCGAGACUGCCUAGUUCCCAGAUAUUCCCGUCCCCAAAACUCUGUCGUUUGCAAAAAAUUGCUGUUUUGAAAGACUUAAGUUUCUUACCUCUAAGUUACCCUUUGGGUGCAAAAAAAAAAAACUUUUUUUUUUGUUUUUGCAAAUAUUUUCUCGUGGGAAAAACACGUUUAAAUAUAUAUCGUAAAAUCAAAAAAAGUUACUGAGAGCCGCAUAUUAACUCGUGUUGAGCAGGUUAAAAUUUAAACUUUUUUCCAAGGUUUGUAAAAGUUUGAGUCAUCCCACAUAACUUUAAAAACUUGAGUGUGUGGUACCUGUUGCUGGCUGCAGGUACCUGAGAGGUGAUACAGGAUGCUUCCAGCUCCUAUUAUUUGGUGAUGGGGACACUGAUCCAGGUUGUGUGACACCUGGCACACCUGUCAAACCCCUAUGGUGACACCCUUGUUACUGGAGGCAAUUUAUGUUCGUCACACAAAGACCUCAACCUCGUUCCGGGAGGCAAGGAGAGCACAAAACACAGGUACUCACGUUAAUUAAGGAGGUGCUGAAGGUGCUCAACAAUGGCCAAAGCAACAUUGAUCCCUGGAGUCUCCAUUGACCUCACCUGAUCUCUCGUGAUGCCUGGUAUAAUUCUCCUGUACCACCUGACCGUCCUCAUUCUGCCACUUGGCGUGACUCUUGGCACCACCUCCAUGCCCACCAUGCCCAGUCUUGGAGUCACUGAUGCCCAUCACGGAAAGCUCGAUGUGCCUGCUCUUCACAACUUGAUUCCGAGGAAUGAAUCAAGUGUCGAAUUGAAAGACCAAGAUUUAUGGAAGCAGGAUGACGAGGGUGAAAGAUCCCUACCUAAUCUAACUUCUGCUACCGGUCUGCACGACGCUGGAAGACUAGAAGUAGUCGAUCCUGAUAUUAGCGACCAGCAUUCCAGUGACGGGAAUAUAAGCCACAUAAGCUGGAAAGGAUCAAUAUGUUGCACCAGGAGUAUAGAAGACAGUGUUACUAACAUUGAAAUGGAAAUAUUGGAUAAUUUAACCACAGCCACUAAUGUUUAUAGUAACAUUUCACUUGUAGAAAACGAGGUAUACAACGGGAGCAGCUCUGGUAUAACAUCAAAGAGUGAGGGAGCUAUUGGAACGUCUUGUGGGGACCUCAUAUUGGUACCGCUUGCGUGGAGACCGAUAAUCAGGGACCGGGAGCUACUGUGUGUAGUCAACCAUCAUUGGCUGCAGUUCGAGCCUCCCUCGCACGUCAGCCACAUAGUGUUGGCCUCCGUCUACAGUGUGUUGAUGGUGAUCGGCUUCGUGGGUAAUGGCCUAGUUAUUUACCUCUUUUUCAGUUGCCGAGCUUUGAGGACGCCCUCCAAUCUUUUCAUCCUCAACCUGGCCCUCAGCGACUUCCUGAUGGUGGGAGUCAUAUUCGCCUGCGUGUACAAUUCCUUUCAGAAGGGACCUGCUAUUGGUAAACUAGGUUGCGAUAUAUAUGGGUUUGUGAGUUCCAUCACGGGAACCACCUCCAUCAUGACUCUGGCUGCUAUCUCCUUUGAUCGCUAUCUCGUUAUCUCCUUCCCUCUGGACCCCUUCAAGAAGUUAUCCAGCAGGCAGGUGCUGGGCAUCAGCAUCAUCACCUGGGUGUACUCUGGCAUCUUCUCAGCCAUGCCCCUGAUGGGCAUCGUUGGCAUCACCUACUCACCUGAAGGCUACCUAACUACCUGCAGCUUCGACUACCUGUCCGAGGCAAUGCGGAACAGAGUGUACAUCUUCUGCUUCUUCGUGGCGGCCUGGGUGGUGCCUCUACACAUAAUCACCUUCAGCUACAUGUCCAUCGUCAGCACCGUGGCUAAGCAAGAGCUCCAGUACAAGAGCUAUCACGGCUCCUUCUCUAACUCCUUCAGACACCAGAGCGUCAAGAGGAAGAAGAAUCUGGAGGUGCAGCUGGCCAAAGUGGCUUCUGGGAUCAUUGGAAUGUGGGUGGCAGCUUGGACGCCAUAUGCCGUGGUGGCACUGCUAGGCAUCUUCCAGCAGCGUGCCAUCAUCACGCCCUUGGUCUCCAUGAUCCCGGCGCUCUUCGCCAAGACAGCAUCCUGUUUCGACCCCUACGUUUAUGCCCUCUCCCACCCACGCUUCAAGGUCAGCAGGGGGAUCGAUAACAGCGAUCCUUCCUACGUCUCACUGGGUCCUCCACUACACAGAAGUGACCCUCCCCACACCUCGCUGGGUCCUCGGCUGCAGAGGAACACUUACUCCAGCAACCCCGUCAUUAGCGAGAGCAGGCAUAGCAGAAUUUCCCUCAGCUCCCGCAGGAGCAAAAGCCUCGUCUCUCCCGCAGUGGCUGAUAUCUACCCCAGGACCACCAUCUCUGCCUACAAUUUCAGGAGGGCAUCACGUAUUCUCAUCCGUAAGGAGGUGUUGGAGAGAGGCAGAAAUUUUGCUGAUCCUAGGAUAAGACUGCAGACGUCAGUGCUCAUAGAGUUUCCAACUGGUGGGAUACCCAAGCUGCCCUUAGCAUACAGCUAUUCCGUUGGGAGUGGAGUUGACAAACUCAUCAGAAGCCCGGGAUAUCCCGCGACUAUAUGGAGCUUAUCCCAGAAGUCGCACGACACAGCCCUCUACCCAUACACUUCCUCCACGUUGCAGGGCAGAACCGCAUUACAAAAUAGCAUCAUUUCAGACGAUGAGUCUCGGGAGGACAUAAAAAUACAAAAUUUCAGUAAGAAAAACAAGGGGAAUUCAGAAAAUUAUUUGGCGAUGACUUUGUUACCUCUCCCGACAGCGUCGAGCGCUGUGCGUCCCGAGGCGCCGAGGUGCAUGGGACGCAGCUUCAGUCUGCCUAACAUGCAACUGUUACGUCCGCAUGAGGAGCAAAGACAAAUUUACCAAAAAUGUUUUUCCACAACACUUUCGUGGAAAAUAAUUCCCAGUUUCCGUAAAAAUAAAAGUCAGUCUUCCCUCUUUCAAGACGACAAACCUUUGUGAAAGAUGUGUAACCAAACGUUUGAGAAAGCGUGUAAGUAAACUUUUGAGAAAAGUAAGCAAACGUUAAGGAAAAAGUGUGCAGGUAAACGUUUGGGAAGAUUAUAUAGGUUAUGUGUAUUUUGAAGUGUAAGUAAAUGUUUGGAAAGGCUUAUUAAUAAACGUUUCUGAAAAAUAUCUUACUAAACGCUUAGAAAAAUGGGACAACUGAACGUUAUUUAGCAAGAAAAUGAUGUUGAAUAUUCAGUAUGUUUAGAUACAAGUACAUGUAUAACUUCCAGUUGUUUAUACUAUUAGCAUAACUGCAAAAAAAAGUACGUAACUGCAUGUAUACAUAGAGAGAUGAAAGAACUGCUUAUCCCUUCAAUACAUACAAUAUGAUGUAUUUUGUGCCUCUAACAACAUGGAGAAAGUGCUUCUGGAGACCAAGAGAAUCAUUUGCUGUACUUCAUAGGAAGGACAUUCAACCAGUUAUUUACAAAGAAACUCACUCCGAUUCCUCCAUGUUGUUAGACGGACUUUUUUCUUCUGGUCAUACUAAUGUGCUGGUGGAGGGGCAGUGACUGCGAUCUGGUGAUUCCCACUGAAGAUCAGGGACGGUGAUUUUGCUUGGGAUAAUAGGUAGCCUUCAGUACAGACAUGUGAAUGAGCAUUUAUAAUAUAAAAAAGGUAAAACUAUGUAAAUUUUUGCCUGAAAUGUCAUUAACUCGUUCAGCAUUUUAGUGUGAAUGACAUAAAACUGACUUGUCCAGUGUGGUCUUAAAAAUUUUAUUAGGGAAAGUAUGGAAGUAAAACUUUUUUUUUUUGAGAUACACUGUACAUUGUAGACAUCUAGAUUAUAUUCCGACUUGAGAAAAAUUUUUGUAUACAUAAUAAUACAUAUAUUAUCUUUGCAUUACGCCUUAAAAAAGAACGCUUUUACCAAAUAUAUAUACCAUUCUGUAGUUAUACAUAUACACUUAUGGAUGUAUAUAAUAAUGAAUAUCAGCAUUAAUGUAUAUGUUAUAUUAUUUGAAGUUACACAGUAUUGUAAAAAAGCUGCACAUUUAAAGGGCGGCAACACAAAUACAUCUGUAGCAAUCUGUGUGACUUUGUAAAUGGUCCAAGUCGGACCGAAACGUCGCCGUAAGCUCCUCUCUCCUAUGUGCGGGUUAUUUGUGUAUUGUGUAACUCGUGUAUCCCUCGGCGCACCCACGACUUAGCACCUCAAGGCAGGAUCCUGCUCUCUCGGGGAGGCCAGUACAUAGAGGUUCCCUAGGCUCAUAGUUUUUUUUUUUUUUUUAUCCAUUCUCAGUGACUUAGGAUCUAGAAGCUCUGGUGAAGGAAUGUCCUCCUUGGAAAACACGUCUCUCCAUUUGCUGUAACAGUUUUGAGUGAAAAGAGAGAGGACAUUAUCAAGAGUUCUGAUAUUUUUGGGGAACAGAUAUUCCCUGGCUGCUUUUCCAUCCAUCUAAUUACUCGAGCUUCAUACAUCAACAUAAAAAAUAUUCUGACUCGAGACGCUUAGAUAGAAUGCUUAGAAGUGCACACACACACACAAAAGUGUUUUGUAAAGGUCAUAUCGCCAUAUGUUAGUGACUUUCCAGAUUGUCCUCUUACCAAAGUCUUCGAGCAAAGACUUUAAAUCACAUGCUGAGAUGUGCAUGAUGGUCAGGAAAUAAGUAAACAAGUAAGCAGAAAUAAUUACUCGUUCCAAAUACUACCUAGACAUCUUGAACAUUGACUUGCUGUACGGUGGUUACCACUAAAGGCAUCUGUAUUGACAGUCGUUAUUGUACAGCUAAUGCAUUGGGAGCGGUGUUAAUAGACUCAUCAGAAGCCGGAAAAAUCCUGCGACUUUUUGGAGCUUGUCCCCUAACACAUCCUCCAUCAAUCAAAUUGCCAAUAUAAACUUUUAAGACCCCAUUUUUCCUGCAUACACCAUAUGCAACACCAUCCCGGUGUCAGUGUCAUCAUGUUGACAAGACUAGAACCAUGAUAUAUCAGUGAGAUAACGGCAGAUAACACUUUAUGGGCAGUGAUGAUAUGUUAUUGUCUGCUAAGGGAAAAAAAAUCACUAGUUAACUCACAUUUUCUCCACGCCAAUAAAUUCCUGCCCAUUUCUUGCGAUAUGUAUGUCAGCCAAACUUCCGUUUGUUUCUCUCCUCUCCGUGCUCUUGAAGCUGUUUUAAAUGCCUUUGCCUUGUAUACAUGCCAGACAAGGCCGUAAUCCUUUAGCAGCACCUGGUUGUUGUUUCAAGACAAGUGUUGCAAAUGCAAGAAAUAUUCUUGUUAAGCAAAGUGUGAGCACGUUUACAAAUGCAGAACCGUUAGCUGUUAUAGCAUCAGUAACAAGUCUCGUCAGAAGGCCGGGCCAUGUCCUCAAGGCAUUACAGAACCUCAGACGCCGCAUCUACACGACCCGGAAUAAUUCUGUAUUUUUUUUUCACUUUUUCAUAGAUUUCAUAAUUGACAUUGCUCCUUGUCAAUCUUAUUAGUUCUCUACUGUGUCGUUUUCAGUGAUUGUUUUCCCACUUCUUCAGCAGAAAAAACAAUUAGAUUAUUACUUGGAUACAAGAAAAAAUUACCAUUGUCCUCCACCUCCUCUGGUGACAGCAGUUUGGUAACAAUAUUUUCCUAAUUGCCGAUUUGGAAUUAUUUAUUUAUAGCCUCAAAAGUAGAGCUCGUGGUGCCCACCAAAUUUUCCACAAUAAAUUUUAAUAUAUAUUUUUUUAAUACCACUUCCAUUUUUAUUUAUAUUGUUAUUUGUUCAUUCCAUUGUUCCAAUCUCUGUUUGCAAAGAAAGUUUUUCAAGGUCAGUGUUUUCCGGCAUAUAAGGCGCGCUUUUUCUUCCCCACAUAAAAUCUUGGAAAAUCACCCUGCGCCUUAUAUGCUCAAGGUUAGGGGUCAAGGGUAGGCUUUGCGUUACGCUUUAGCAGUCGUUUACUAACGUUACGCUAUAACUGAUAGGAAACAACGUCUUAUAUGCCUCAUAUGCUCGUGCGCCUUAUAUGCCGGAAAAUACGGUAUCUCUUCGUUCAACUUUUUGUCUCAAAAUGUUUUCCCUGUUCAAGGUGCUAAGAAUUUUUGCAUAUCUAUUCUUUAAUAUAUUCUUAUGACCGUAUAUGUAGUAAUCAUCUCCUUUAUUCUUCCUGCUAGUGUUUUCUCUCUUUCAUUAUAACGCAUUAUUUGGAAGUCAUUUUGUCGUUUUUUUAACGUUACCUAUCGAAUGCAAAUGAUUUCCGGUGUGGAAGCCACAAGGAGACCGCAUGUCGAAAUUUCAGUCCAGUAUAUGUUGCAUACAUGUUUAUCAAAAAACUUUGUUCAUUUAUGUUCAUGAAAACUUUGUUCAUGAUGUUCAUCAAAACUUUGUUCAAGAUGUUUACCAAAACAGCUCAACAGUCACGUUUUAUGUUCCCUUUGAAGAUGUUUCUAAACCAUUUACAUAAAUUAGUUAUUUUUUUCGCUUUUAAACUACAGUAAUCUUUCAUGGUUUCUGUUUACAACUACCAGGAAGAAAACGGAGAAAAAUCAUUACAGUGUAAACAUAAGACAAUAGUUGAUUCAACCCUUAAUUUAAGUACAUAGUCCAGCAGGUUAUGUAUG